UGAGAACGGCGAAGAAAUGGGAAGGAACACCAACAUGAGGGCAUUAAAUUAAAAUAUUAAGCACUUAAGAAGCAAUAGGAUGACGCAAAUGUAAUCCUGUACGUGUUAUCCGUGUGAGGGAGGAGAAAGCGUCUUUAGUCGUGUCGGUUUUUUGGUGUUAUUUGGCGUGGAGAGUGGCAAGGCGCCUCCCUGUAGCUGUUUUUUUCGGUUUGGCUUCAGCUGCAGUGACCGAGCUGCACCGAAAUGGCCCAAAGCACAGCAGGAGCCGCACACUGCUCAUUACUCACACUCAUCUAUGCAAGCGAAAAUGCUAAGCUCACAAAUAACAAAUAAUCUCCGAGCCGUUUCUUUGGCGGACCGCCGACUGUAGCCAUAAAACGUUCAAGUGCCGAAAAACUAGGGUGCGAGUUUGUGCUUGAUAUUAGAAACAAAGUUUUUUUUUUAAAAAGUGCAGGUCACAUGGAGCGAGCAGGAAGCAUUCAGCUGGACAUUCCUGACUUCAGCAACUCUGUCCUUUCCCACCUAAACCAGCUGCGCAUGCAGGGCCGGCUAUGUGAUAUUAUUGUGAAUGUGCAGGGCCAGAGCUUUCGUGCUCAUAAGGUGGUCCUGGCUGCGAGUUCACCCUAUUUCCGGGACCACAUGGCGCUGAGUGAGAUGAGCACUGUGUCCCUAUCAGUGAUCCGCAAUCCAUCGGUAUUUGAGCAGCUCCUCUCCUUCUGCUACACGGGCCGCCUGUGUUUGCAGCUGGCCGACAUCAUCAGCUACCUGACGGCUGCCAGCUUCCUGCAGAUGCAGCACAUCAUUGACCGUUGCACGCAGAUUUUGGAGGGGAUCCACUUCAAGAUCAGUUUGGCUGAUGUGGAGGAGGAGCUUCGUGGCCGCCGGAGCACAGGACGAACCAUUGAGGCUGAGAGGGGUGGCUCGCGCUCGCUCAGCCCCAGGCAUGGUGGUUCAAGAGUUAUGGCUACACAUGGAGUAGCUACUGGGGUCAUGGAAGUGAGCGAGAUCAGGGAGGUUAGUCCACCUGGGGAAUCCAUGAGCCCUCAGAUUGUUGAGCACAGUGGGCUCGGGCCUGAAGCUGUGGGUGCUGUGAAUGAGCCCAUACUGCGCAUUAAUCGGGCAGGGCAAUGGUAUGUUGAGGCAGGGCCUGACGUGGAGAGGAGCAGAGAUGAGACGAUGCAUGUUGUGGAAGGCCUGCGCAUCAAGACUGAGCGCAUGGAGGAGUGGAUAGGGGCGGAAACUCAAGCCUCAGCUGAGGAAGGGAGCGGGACGGAGGAGGGGCCUACUGUGAUGAUUGACACCUCAGGACGAAGCACACUGGUGCAGGAGGGUUUCGUUACUGGCGCAUCCAGAGUGAAAAGCUCUCAGCCAUCCAGCAGCUUUAGCGAAUCUGAGAGGUUCAGUCCAACAGGCAGUGUUGUGGUGAUGGCUGAAAGACCGCGGGCCAAAAGUGAGUCUCCAGGAAGAGUGGGCGAUCAAAGGCAUCCUAGCUCUCAGGGAGAGGAAGCAGCAGUGUUUGAUGUGGGAGGGUAUGAGGAGUAUCUGCGUGAGCAGGUGGGUGAUCGCUGGUUCCGCUACAACCCGCGUCUCACCUGUAUUUACUGCUGCAAGUCCUUUAACCAGAAGGGCAGCCUUGAUCGUCACAUGCGACUUCACAUGGGCAUCACGCCCUUUGUGUGUCGCAUGUGUGGAAAGAAGUACACACGCAAGGACCAGCUGGAGUACCACAUUCGCAAGCACACGGGAAACAAGCCCUUCCACUGCCAUGUUUGUGGCAAGAGCUUCCCCUUCCAGGCCAUCCUCAACCAGCAUUUCCGCAAGAACCACCCAGGCUGCACGCCACACGAGGGCUCGCAUAGCGCCUCACCUGAAACCACCACCAACAACAAUAACGUUACCAAUGCAAACGCUGCCACGCCACGCCGCACUCAGCAUGACGAAGAUGACGAGUCUGAGGGAACUGGAGCAGGAGCUAGAGGGGGAGCUUCAUCUUUUGGCGAAGGGAUACAACCGUCGGUCUCCACCACUGGGCCUGAUUGAAGCGAUUAGGUUCAAUACAUCACAUGGAGGUUGAGAAGAUAAAACAUUUGGGGCUUUGUGGGGGAAGAAAAAGAAGAAAAGAAGUCAGUCAGCAGCUGAUGGAGCACGGAAUAUCUGGCUGCUUGAAAAGCUGCUGUUGGUCUGAUGUUUAAAAAAAACGGUGGAUGAGCUGGUGGGUAUUUUAUCUUCGCUUCUUAUGCUUGAGACAACAAAACAAAUGCUAAGACUGUUUGCUAUAAAACUAAACUAGAGUAAUAUUGAUUAGGUAUUUAUAAAUAAAUAACAUACGCGCUUUAAACCGCAUCUACCUUCAGUUGCGCAAACUGAACCGUUACUUCAACAAAUGAAGACAAGCCACACUCCAACAACCUCACACACCACUGGAUGCAGUUAUUUCUGUUUUUUUUUUUUUUUGUUUUCUUUCUUUCUUUCUUUUUUUUCCUAUUUUAUUUUUACUUUUUUAUUUGACUUUCCUGUCUUUUAUAUGUGUUAGGUGGGUUUUUUUAUAUUUUUGUACAAUUGUAACAAAAGCUUCAGAAUUCAGGACAAAGAGGUGAUGUGUUAUGAUUUGGUCACAUUGUAUAAAAUUGCCAAACUUCUCUGUGCCAGAUGGUGAUUAUAAAAUAGAGGAUGUUUCAGUCCUCAAAUACUUGCCUUGAGACAAUCCUAACAUUUUGAUCUGGGGUUUGACGCUGCUGCUCCCCAGCUAUAGCUAGGCUAGAAAAACGGGUUCUGUUUUUCUUCGUUAGGGCCCCUCAGGUCUGAUCUAAUGCUCUAAUGCCAGAUUCCUAAUUUGUUUAGUUUGUUUCUAAGUGCCAACCUGGCUUUGUUAUAAAUUCCUCUGUUUGAAAUUAGUCAAUAGGCCUAGAAAAAAACUUAGCUGAUGGACUUUUAAUAAUUUGUUGCAUAACGCAAUUUAGUCUUCUUUCAACAGUGAUAAGACUGAUAUUGGAAUGUGGGGGGGGGGUUGCAAAUGGUUGCUUGGUUCAGUUUUUUUUUCUUUUUUCAUUUCCAUACUCCAAAUCCAGCUGCUGAAUAUAAUUCAUACAGUACUAUAGAAAACAGGAAAGUGUUCAACCUCAGAUAAGCUACAGUACCACUCAGUUACCUCUCCCUCAUCACUACGCAAUACAGAUCUGUUCCACACAGAUUGGUGGAUGCACUCAACUCAGUUUCUCCAUGUUUCUAUAUUUUACUGUUUUUUUUUUUUUUGUUUGUUUGUUUGUUUUUUCCUUGUUGUAAUAAGUGAACAAUAAGCGGUUUGUAAUUUGUAGAUUUUUUUGUUCAGUAUCACUCUGACGGUGAUGGAGCACAUUAGAGUUGUUGGGAAGCGUUUGGUUUCGUAGGUAAAGAACGUUUUUAUGGCAAACGUCGAAAGAAACUGCGUCAGGAGUGGAACCAAAUCCAGGACUCGUGUACGUCUGUCACCAGAAUUUUUUUUGAAAUGCCACGGAAUGACUGUGAGAUUAGGAUUUAUCAGAGAAGAGAGCACUUUAAAUGUGGAGUCAAUUUGUUAUUCAUUUUUUUUGAGCAGAUGUUACCAGCUGGUGCUAUGAUUCGACUUCAAGUGACAGAAGCUCUCGGGAACCAAAGGAACAGAAACGUAUCAUAGACAUUAUACCUCUGACAUUGAGUGCAAGGCCGAGGACUAUUAUUAAAAAUAAUGAAACAAAAAGACAGAGAGAUUACAUCCGACAUUUAAAGAUGGGGGGGGGGGGGGGGGAUUUUCUUCUUUUAAAAUAUGUAAUUAUAUAUUACUGAUGCAUAUAGAGACAUUUUAUGUGUGAGAAAGGAGAGAAAGGCUUGGGUAAAGUGGAAGGCCAUUUCUUUCAUGGAUGGAUGGUGGGGACUUUUUUUAUUUUAUUUUUUUUUCCUUUAAGGCUGUGAAUCACACGUGGUUGUGACCGUAAUUUUUUUCCUCUUCCCUCAUGACUGGGGAGAGCUUAGAAGAGAAACAGCUACUGAUGAUUUUCAAUGGAAUGCACCUCUUAUCCUCUUAAAACCAUUCAGGACUCUUCAAGACUUUUCUACCAUUUCUGUCGCUUCCGUGAAUACAGGUCAACACCUCUUUAGAACGAUAUCAGGAACUUUGUCCAGUUAUUUUUGGAUGUUUACUCUUCACACUAAAAUCAGUUCAUUUUGACAUUCUUGGACCUCACGUUACUUUCAAAUUCACAAGUGCAGCAGAAGAAAAAAAAAAAACAUUGACAACGGCGAUGAUGAUGUAGAAGCAUCUCCGUAGUUAAGGCCUCAGAAGCAGUAGCAACACGUUGUUAUCUAACUGUGUGUACAUGCAGCGUCGGUGUGCGUCAGUCAGGUUAAUGAGCAUGCCGACGUCGCGGGUCUCUUUUUACUCCAGUGCAACCUCAUGAGAACAGCCAAUGUAGAUUACAACUUUAUAUAUUCAUAACCUCAUAAUCAUAACCUAGUGUGAUACGAUAUAAGCAGGUUUUUUCAUAUUUUAAGAUUGUUUUAUAAUAGCCAGUCCCAUAUUGGCAGGGUGGUGGUUAUCGUGAUUUCUCAGUAUCUGAUUUGGUAUGUUUUUUUUUUUUGUUUUUGCUUUUUUUUUUUGUGUUCAAUACAAUGUAAAGGAUUUGUGUGUAUGAUCGAUCAUUCCAAGUUUCAGAAUGUUAGCAGAAGUGUAAAAUGUCGGGGCUGAUGCUAAUUUGCAGUCUCUUCAAAUCUGUCUGGGUCAAAAAAAGUCACUUCAACCCAUCAACAUAUUUUUUAUUACCUUACAAAACAGAAGUUUUCUUGAUUGAAAUGUUUUACUCUGAACUUCUUGUUUUAAUUUGUAUUCGUUUGCUUUUAAAGCUUUAAUCACUUAGGAGAAACACAUUACUGCAAUGUAAAUACUAGUGCUAUUUAAAAUUUUUAAUAAUCAGCACAGCUACUGCAGAUAGACGGCAUUGACUGAACAAGUGUUCUACAUUAAACGCACACACCACAGUAUUACAUAUUUUCAUGUCGGGAUUUACAGGAAAAAUUGAGCUGUUGCAAGAAAUUUCAGCGCACUUUCCAACCAGCGUCCGUCCGUCUGAUCAUGUUUAGACAUGAAGUGUAUUCUGAUAAGGUGUUAUCUAUGUGCAUUCGUACCUCAACCUCAAGAAAACCCAUUAGAUCACAAACUGAAUUGGUCGUAUAUGCCUGUUUAACUCCAACGCAGUGAUAUCUAUAAACUUUCUCAAAGCUCGACCUUGACUGUAUGAUAAAAUCACACUUAGCCAAGCCUAAAGGCACACUGACUGCACAUGAGAGCUACCAACAAGGAAGGGUGUAAAGGCUAGAAUUUGCUUUAUUCAUGAGCUAUUACACCAUGGGCGUUCAAGUCAAACCGGGACUUGUGAUGACAUUUCACGACAUAAACCAAGUGAUGUUUACAGAAGAGUUCAAGCACAGUACGGUGAUGAGACUCUUAGCCACAGUAAAACACUUGAAUGGUGCAAACAUUUUAAAGAAGGCAGUGUGUGCGCAAAUGACAAUCCCGGCUAAGGUGACUCGGCACCCCACUGCAGUCGUUCCCAUAAACAUUCUGUGAGCUGAACGCCUGAUCCUUGAAAAUCGACUGAUAACGAAUUUGAGUAACUUGUGGAAAAAACGCAGCCAUCUGUUGAAACUGGACACACAAUCAUUCAAACAGUUAUCGCCACGUCCGCCGUACAGUUCUGAUCUCGCACCAAGCUAUUCCUAUAUGUUUGGACCAUUAAAGGAGUUCCUGGAAGGCAGAUAUGAAGCAGGCAGUCCAAUUCUGGUUCCGUCAUACUGAGAAAACUUUCUACCUUGAUGGUGUCUAAGCAGGGGAUUUUAUAUAUAUAUAUAUAUAUAUAUAUAUAUAUAUAUAUAUAUAUAGUCUCAAAACUGUACCGUUAUUUUGCACAAACAAAAGUCCCGGUUUUACUUGAACACUCCUCGUAUAAAGCUUAAAUAGUUUUAACCUUUAAAGUAUGAGGGUCUCAUGAGCCAGACCUUGUUACUUGAAUUCUCUACUUGAACAAACAGUGUUGUUACUGUCACCCAGUGAAGUAACUCAUGGUGUCACUUUGGGGAGUGUGUGCGUGUCUUUCACCUAAGAACUUAAUUCUCAAUAAGUUUAUUGAUAAAGGUGGACAACUACUGAAUACCACCAUUUUUAGCUAUUUGACAAGUAAAUAAAAACAACAAAAGCUACAAAACAACAGAUAAAACCAUGUGAUUCAAUACCAUCUUAGUAUUCGAGUAAUAAUAACAGGAGUGCAUUAGAGGGUAAGAAAAAUCAGUUACCUUGUUUUAUUCCUGUGUUUAUAGUAAUACAUGUAAGCUUUGUACAGUUUUUUGUUACAGUAAUGUUACAGAAAUAAAAAUAUAUUUUUUUUGCUAAAUUAAUGCACAAAUAAUGAAUAGAUUAGCAAUUUUGGUGCUAUACCUUAUGAUGGGGUCAUCCAGUGUUUUCUGCACCCUUCAUGUACUCCCCCCCCCCCCCCCCCAAACCCAAGUGACACCACUGUGCAUGAGCACAUUUACAUAAACCUCAUGUGCCAGUGUUCAAAUAUUUAUUUUUCCAUGAACAGUUUGUGCAAAUACAUUAAUGUAUGUCAUAUUACAACAUUCAAGAUUACGAAGCUUGCAGUUGAACAAAUAUCCAGAAGACAUAAGUCUGAUACAGAAAAACAAAAUCAGGUUCUAUCACGCAUGAAAUACAUUAGAAAUGCCACAAUGAGAGUAAAGUAGUAAACAAUUUUAAGCAGCUUCUAGUUACUAGGUGUGAGCUGUAAAAAUUCAAGAUCCUGUACUGUAUGUUUGUUGUAUUUUUAUCCACGCUGUUGCUUUUGGAAAAUGCGGUGAAAUGUUUUGCAGCUCCUCAUUCAGCAACUCCACUUACCUCAAAUUUUCUAACAGUAAGCUUGUGAAGUUUCAAUUGCAUGUCUCUACUAAGUAUUCGUUUUCUUAAAAAAAAAAAAAAAUCUGGGAACACUGAACGACAGUGCUGAGCCAUAUCGGACAGAUUUGUUCAGUCUUGUCUCGUCCCUCAGAAUGUUUUGUACAGGGAACAUAGACGAGUCGAAUGCAAAAUUUUUACAGAACACCAACACUGUUAAUUUGUGAGGCUACGGCAGAGACUUUUCUUUCCGUCUUUUUUUUUUUGCCGUCUCUCACAAUCUUUUUUUUUUUGGGGGGGUGCGGUGGUUAAGGGUGGAGAAAGACUCGGUUUAAAAUGUUACUUGUUAAUUUGCAUGUCUUUGUCAUUUGUGAUGGCCAAACAUUAGUCUGUUUAUAAGAAUAUUUCCAGUCAUCUAAACGUAUUGCACCAGUAUAUGCCAAAAUAACUUUUUUUCUCAUUUUGUCUUGCUAUAUUGUUUAUGUCCCGAAAGCAAUAUAGUUUCUAAAGAUA